AUCAAUUUUGUUGGUGGAGCCGCUGCCAUCUUGCCCAGAGACUUGAGUGUACCACCACACUAGGCAGUGUUAAGGUUCCACCUGAAAUCUCGAUAUCUCGGUGCGAGUGAGUGGGCGAAGUAGGUAACACACAUAUCGAUGAUGGGAGGUCAUCGUUCACACAAUUGGCGCACAGUUUUCGAAGCACCCGUGUGUGAUAAGAUAAUCAAGAGAAAACACACGAUACCAUUUCUUGGCGCUUCAAUGCUGUUUUCCUUCUUCCCCCUUCUUCGCACUUGUUAUCGGAUGCAGCUAUGUACGAGCGCGCGUGUGUGUGUGUGUGUGUGUGUGCAUGUAAAGUUCUUUCGUUAUUGAACGAUACUGAUAAGCUUUCUUUUCGUGGCGAAAGGGCAAUAGUUUUCUUGGGGGACCAGUUGCAAUUGUGAUACUCCACCUUCCGGUCAUCUUGAUCGUCUGCCACAUCGUCGCGCUGUGAUGCAUUCAUUGCAGCAAGGCUAAUCUUGAACGACGAUAAACGUUGCGACGCUGCAAUAAAUAAUCCCACCGUCAACGGCCACCUCUAGUGGUAAUCUUGCCCGUUGGUCAGAUCCGAAGGAUAUCCCAAACCCAAUACAGCUCAGCAACAUCAAAUGUCGAUCAGUUUCGGUUCGGAAAUGAAAGCAAUUUAUGUGCUGUCGCUUGGUUUGAUUUAUUUCUGCAACCCCGUUACCAGCCUCGAGGAACCAAACACAACGCUAGCGCCGGUGGAAAAUUACAAAAUCAAUCCGUACUGCUUCCGGUUUACGUGGAUGGGCCCGAAAUACAACAAGGACACGCCGUACAAAAACCUCAGCUGCGACAACAUCCUGAAGAAGGCGAAAGGCAUACCGUGCUUUCACCCGCUGGUCAUCACGAACAACACGAACGUACCGGACACUAACUACAUGUGGGAAGAGUACAAGGAUAAACCGUCCCAAAUUGCCUGCCGGCUGGUACGUGGCGAGGUGUGCGCCCGGUACUCGUACCGCUACAAUGGUGCCAUCGAAAACAUAACGUACAUGUGCGCCAAGCUGAACGUGGACAAUGAAUCGUCCACCUCGUCCAGCUGCUUCAAGGAGGACCGGCUCGGGCGGGAGAUUGAGGUGUGCGUAUGCGAAUCGGCCGCCGGCCGCACGCCCUGCAAUCGAUCGGCGAUCGUACUGGCGGAUGGGGCUCCGGUUGCGCCGAUGAUGCUGGCGCUGGCCAUGAUUCAGUUGUUGCUAAUAAAGUGUUUACAGAUGCGGUAGUUGUGGGUUAAAAA